UGCAGCAUUCUCAGGUAUUCAAGAUGGCUGACACAGCCGCAACUGCCGGAGCCGGUGGCUCAGGAGCGAGAUCAGGAAGCAAGCAGGCCACCACCCCUGCAGACAACUACUACCUGGCACGGAGGCGGACCUUGCAGGUAGUUGUGAGCUCCUUGCUGACAGAGGCUGGGUUUGAGAGUGCUGAGAAAGCAUCUGUGGAAACAUUAACUGAGAUGUUACAAAGCUACCUUUCAGAAAUCGGGAGGAGUGCUAAGUCCUAUUGUGAGCACACGGCCAGGACACAGCCCACACUCUCAGAUAUUGUGGUCACGCUUGUUGAGAUGGGUUUCAAUGUGGAAACUCUCCCUGCAUACGCUAAACGGUCCCAGAGGAUGGUCAUCACAGCACCACCAGUCACCAAUCAGCCUGUGACUCCCAAAGCCCUGACUGCUGGACAGAACAAGUCUCACCCACCUCAUAUCCCUAGCCACUUUCCUGAAUUCCCUGAUCCCCACACGUACAUCAAAACACCGACAUACCGCGAACUUGUGUCAGAUUACCAGGUCCUUCGGGAAAAGGCGGCAUCACAGAGGCGUGAUGUGGAACGGGCACUUACUCGUUUUAUGGCCAAGACAGGCGAGACACAGAGUCUUUUCAAAGAUGAUGUCAGCACAUUUCCAUUGAUUGCUGCCCGGCCAUUUACCAUUCCCUACCUGACCGCCCUUCUGCCCUCUGAGUUGGAGAUGCAGCAGAUGGAAGAGACUGAUUCUUCUGAACAGGAUGAGCAGACAGACACAGAGAACCUUCCUCUCCACAUCAGUACGGAUGAAUCAGGAGCAGAAAAAGAGAAUGCCUCUGUUCUACAGCAGAACACUUCCUUGUCAGGGAGCAGGACUGGGGAGGAGAAUCUUAUUGAUAACCCUUAUCUACGACCUGUAAAGAAACCCAAGAUCCGUAGGAAGAAAUGAAUUAAGAAUGAGGACAUUCCAUUCUGAAUUUGUCUUCUCUGCCUUCUUGAAAGCAGGGAAGAAAUGAGUUAUUCACCAUUAAGCUUAGGUCUAGAAAGAGUCUCCUUGAGCUUAGCAGACAUUUUCCUUGUCUCUUUCUUUCUGAAUUUCCACAUUCCCAUCUUGAGGUAUCUUAAAAUGAUGCUAUCUCAACUUUUUGAGAUUGGAUGACAUUAUUUUAGCUGUCCUUCCUCCAAUAGAAAUAACCUCUAGAAUGCAUUUGGCCAGAGGUCUCCCAUGGCCCUAUGGGUCACCUAGGACUUCUCUUCUGGUUCCUCUUUUUGGAUGAAAGAAAAAAACCCUCAGUUGCAAAGGGAUGUACAUGUCCAUUCCCAUUCCAAGAUCCCCAGGAAGGAGAAGGCUAGGUGGCCAAACUGGAAUCCAAUUGUUGUUAAGUGUUUGGCUUCCGAGAAACAAGUUUUUAAUAAUGAUGUCCCAUGCGGUCUGUAUUGUGGGAUAUGAGGAGAUGUAAUGAUUUCAUUUUUUAUUCCAGUUAAAAUCCUAGGAAACUAUUCCAGACAAUACUUUUAUUGAUCACCAACACUUCUAGCGCUGGCCUCAAGGAAAGAACCUCAUUCUGUGGCCUGUAAAAGCCUGAGAAGCCCAGGCUGAAGAGGAAGCUCAGUGGGUUGCUGGUUGAAUUGCUUUUCUGCUUUGAGCUCUAGCACACUCAAUGAGCCUUUGCUUUUUUUUCCUGGACAGAAGGGGAAGUCUUGUUUCUUUCUUCUGUAAUCUCUCUCUCCUGAACAGGAGAUAACUUCUGAGGAAGCUAUGACUAGAAAAUUCCAAAUUCUUCCUUUUCUCUUGGCCAGAAAACAGGUUCUCAAAGAAAAUUCCGUGUAAACUGCUAAAUAUACCUUUGGCUGGACAUUAAUACAGGGAAUUUUUUUUUAAUGCCAACUGAAAACUACUGGAUAGUCACACAUUUUAAAUGAAAGAAAUAAGGAAUCUCCUGUGGUAUUUUGCUUGAAAUCCUUUUGGAGAGACAGUCUGAUACCAUAAUAAUUUUAUUCUCUCCUUCCCUUUCUCUUCUUUAUUAUUAUCUACACUUCCUUUCCCUAAUAACUAAGAUUUCUGGGCCUGAUAGUGCUGCCCAUAAACUUCCUGAGCAGCUAUUUUGAUGGAGAGAUUCUUAAGAGAAGAGAGCUGUUUGUUUGCAAUUGAAGAGAAGUCUGCUAAUCAAAGUGUCUUAGGAGAGAAAAUGUUACAUUCUGACCCCAGCUUUCCAGGGUUGUCUAUAGUUAGUUAAAGUUGCAAUAUCUCUUUAACUGAGAACAAUUGAAAAUUAUUUUCACAGACCUAUAGGCUUUGUGAAUCUUGAGUUGUUUUCAGCCCUUAGAGAUGGGCGAUGUGGUGAGUAUAGAGAAAGUUUGCAUCUUGGAAGUGAGCACUGAAGAAGAUGAUGGGACAGAAACAUUUAAAAAACUUGUUUGUAACUAGCUCCUCCCAAGAGCACUGGAAGGUGGUCACUGUGUUGUAUGUAGUUUUACUACUGUACUUGCACAUCUUAAUGCCAAAAAGCAUUUACCAGCACCUACUUAAAGGAGGUACUUGUUAAAUGGAGCUUCUUGUUACUUCUGCCAAGAGACCUGAGCCAUUAUUGCUGAAAUACCAUGUUCUGAGCUUUGCUGAGCAAAAUGGGUCCAUGUGAGAGAAUCUGGGGAUGGGCCAUUUUCAUAUCACCCCUGACAGAAGGCUUGUUCUUGUAUCAUGUUGAUCCUGACUUUUUGCUGUUAUGUAAAAACUGUAUAUACACCCAAACACUUAUUUGUAAGUUUUUAAUUUUAAUAAUUUGGAUGAGGUUUUUUGAAGGAAAAAACGCCAAAGCCAAAUGAAAACUGUUGUUUAUAUAUGUGCAUAAUAAAAAUCUGUGAUGUAGAUAGAAUGGAA